UCAUAUCAUCUCUCGUGUAGUGAACUAGUGAUCCUAUCCAAAAACAAAACUGUCAUGGAGGAAGAAGUCAAAGUGGAAAAGCCAUGAACAAAGACUCACAAAAGUAAGCACCCCAUGGGGCCCACUCUUAUGUCAGACACCAAAUUACAUAUCAGCAGAUAAAAGACAAAAACCACGACAAACUGAAACUACCCUUCUUCAGUUCUUCUUCCUCAACCAACAUCAACCCCACUCUCCUUCCCCUACAAACACCCAAACACCCAAACACCACUUUAACUCUUUCUCUCUCCUCCUCCUCCCCCCAUGAAUCCCAGCAAAGUCGAAGAUGACCCAGAUCCCUUCUUCCUCCACCACCACUUCCACCACCAUCACCCCCCGUUCAAUCUCCACCGUCCAAUCAUCAACUCUCUCUCACCCUCCCCCAUCACCACCACCACUACUAACAACCACAUCGACAACGAUAACAAUCACAAUAACCCCUCUUUCUCUCUCCUCUUUCAUCACUCUUCCCCAUCUUCCUCCCCUUCUUCCUCCGACUCUCCUCCUCCACCGAUUCCUCAAUCCCAAACCCUACCCAUCUCAAACGAUGCGGAUCCUUCUUCAAUCGACCCCAAAAUCAAUCCGGAGCCCCAUAUUUCCUCCCAAUUUUACACCUUUAACAGUGAAUCGCAUGACCUAAUGAUUUCCUGCCUUUUGGAAAACCGUCUUGCUUCUCCGGCGGAGAUCCGGUCAGUCACUCCAGUCGAAGUGCUUAAAUCGUGGCGGUCAGUUUGGAAGGACCGGAAUGAAGACACCGCUUACUUAACGGCGUGGAAGCGUAUCCAAGACAAGCUGAACGCACACGUUGACGGUAACGGUGUCCGUUAUCUUUGCUUUAAGAAUAAUUCAAAUCAAUUUGUUUCUCAUGUUAGUCAGUGGCAGGAUAUUGUUACAUCUUCUCAUUGUGAUAGUGAUUUGAAACACUUAGGACUUAGAGAAACUGUUGAUAAAAUUAAGCAGGUUUGGACUGUUGGGGCUAAGUUUUAUGGCAUUCCCGAGAGUUUUAUUCGGGUUUGUAUUUCCUCGUGUCUUGUUUGUUCUGGUGUUUCUGAUGGCGGAGGAGGGGGGUUUUCCGGGGGGAGGACAAAACGGAGGCGGUUCGAGUAUACAGAGUCGUUUGAUGUGCCGGCGAAAGAGGUGCCUAACAAGUUGCAGCAGCUUGCUAAGAAGCAUAAGGUGGUGCUUUGUAUUAGGCAGAAGUAUAUUAGGUAUAAGCCCUUCAUGGCUGAGGUGAAGGAUUAUGCUUGUCAUCGGGCUGGGGAGCCCGCUUCGAGUAAGAAAAACUCAAAGGUUUUGAAGAGGGAACCGUAUGCAUCUAAGAGGUGUGGGUGUGGGUUUCGGAUUAGGGCGAUUGUCCCUAUCGCGAAUUAUAAUGACAAGGAUAAGAGUUUUGUGUAUCAAGAGGAAGGAAUGGCGGUAUUUAAGCUGUAUGCUGUUCAUACAGGGCACGAGCCUGGUCCAUUGGAUGGGAAUGCGAGGAUUAUGCAUCGGGUUGUUGGGCAUAAAGGGGUGUUUUUGAAUGAUCAAGAGACAGAAUAUGGGGUGAAUGAGGAGUUGGAGAGUGAUUCUUACCUGGGUAGGGAUGAAGGUGAUUUCAGUCACACUGUGCUGCAGCAAGCUCAGGAGUUGAAAUCAGAAGUUGGGUUGUUGGAAAGUCGGAUAUUGAAACUCCCUCAGGAGUUAUUGGAUUCGGUUUCUCAAGAGUUGUAUCAUAUUGUUAAUAAGGUUAGGGCGUUAGGAUAUGAAACUUCAAAGUUGGUUGGAUUGGACAGUGAUAAGCAUAAUAAUUCUGAUGUUAUGCUGGUUGGUGACGGCGAUUUGCCUCAUUGGAAUGACCCUCAUGAUGACAGGUUGUACGGGGAUGGGAAGGAUACUGAUCUGAUUGAGGAAGAUGACGACAGUUUUGGACGGUCAUUGGGGGAUGUUGUACCAUGGGAUGAAAUGAGGACAGAUUGUAGGAGUGACAAGGACUUGAUUAGUGAGAGUUGUAAACCAGACAAGUGGCUAAACAGCAGUGAGUUUGAUGAAAAGAGUAUUCUAAGUUGCGAUGAUUCAAAGCUAACGAAGCCAAUGAGGCAUGACUGUUUAGAUGAUGUAGGUCUUGUUAGCCUGCAGGUAGAUAGUUUCUAUCCGGAGAAUCCGAAAUGGUAUGAUUCUCCAUGUGGAUUGGAUUCCAGUACAGAUUGCGGGGAUAGUGAAUUCCGACAUGGAGAGAUUAUAUAGAUUCAUUCCCAUCUGUUGAGGUGAGUUUUAGCUCAAUUGAGGGUGGGUUGUAAUUUAUGUAUACACAAGGACAAAUCCAGACCCUUUAACUUUGAUUUUAGGUGCCUUGUUCAAUGUAGUGAUGUAAAUUAUGACUGCACAUACCUUGUUCUGGUUACUCCUGACCCUGUUUGUAAUUUUCGGGUGCUUUUAGUUUUAUAGGUAUUGCAUAUGAUUGAUUCAUGAUCCUCUUCCUUUCAAUUGAUUA